GGCUGCCGUGUUUGCGGAAGUUUUCCUGUUACUUUCGCGUCACUCAUUCAUUCAUACUUUUUUGUUGCAGCUCCGAUGGCGCGCAGGAGAGCAGUUGGGCAUGAAGCCGCAGGAAAUGUCCAGUCUGAGAAAAACAAGGCACAGUCAGCAGAAGCGCCCGUUUCCAUUAAACAGCAGCAGCUGAAGACGAGCUGCUGGACGACCGUGAUGUUUUUAGGAAAAAUUCUCCUGCUUGUCAUUUUCAUACCACCUUUCCUUAAUUACGCCUCGCUUCAGAGAGAAGAACAAGAACUCAGACCAAGAGACGCACAGUUAAUAGAUAUAGGCUUGGGACAGAAGAUCAACCUCAUCUGCAAAGGCCAAGGACAACCAGUUGUGUUGCUUGACGCUCCGACUGGAAUGUCGUCCGAUAUUUGGCAUCAAGUGCAAGAAAGCGUUUCACGAAACACAAAGGUGUGUGCAUAUGAUCGAGCAGGCCUGGGCUUUAGCAGGAGAGCUCCGCAGAAUGACACUACAGGCAUGGAGAAAGUGUGGAGAUUAUCAACAACAGGAAGGAUGGUGGACGACUUUCACCGGUUGGUGACAGCUGCUGAGAUAGCCACGCCCUUCAUACUGGUCGGGGCCGAGCUGGGUGCGCUGAACGCCAGGUUUUAUACUCACAUUUAUGACGUGCAAGUGUCGGACCUGGUGCUGAUCAAUCCUAUUCCAGAGGACAUCUUUGAAGAGGAGACGUGGCAGCAGUACUGGUACACAAACCUGGUGCCUUCAUUACAGAUGAUGCAGUUUUCUGCAGCCACUGGUGUGAGUCGUCUUCUCCUCAUCCUUCGGCUGCUGGAGCCGAGUUUCGGUGGAGACGAUUUCUCAGGAGAAGUGCUCCAGCGCCAGAAAUACCUCUUGAGUAACCCGGCACACCAAAGCAGCGCCGUGGAUGAGCACUACUUCCUGAAUGAGAGCGCGUCUCAAGUCAGAGAGAUCUCCAAGUUCAAGCUGCUAUCCAGCAGAAUAUCCCUGAGCGUUUUCAUCGGGGACUCGUUCGACGAACAGCUUCCUGCUCCCCUCAACCGAGUUUUUGCUGAUGUGCAGAGAGAGUGUUUAAAGCGAGCGUACCCCCAGGCCAAGCUCGUUCGCAUUCAGGGGGCGGAUCGUCACAUGAUCUCUAAAAAGGCGUCAUCGGUAAGCAAACAUUUACUGGAGCUCGUGUCAAAGAGGCAAACCAGACAUGCAAUGAGUCAGUGAGACCCUGUUCACCUCUUCCCAACGCCACCGCACUUCCUGUUCCUGUGUGCAAAUCAUUUAUCAUUUACUGAUUCAGCUGUUCUUUUCCAAAAAUUGGGACAAUAUUAUGAUUUAUUUUUUUAUUUUUUUAUUAAAUAGUCUGAUUAGUUGAUUCUUUCAA